GCCCUCGCAGUGGCUAGCGGAGACGAUUCAAGGGAAUUUGACUAGGGAUAUUUCUUCUCGCUUUUUGUCUCUUUUAGCGAAAUUUGCAUACUCGCCGGAGACGAUAAAAAUGCCGACGCUGACGAAGCUUUACACUAUGGAAGAAGCCUCUCAGCACAACACCGGUGGGGAUUGUUGGGUUGUCAUUGAUGGCAAGGUGUAUGAUGUGUCAUCGUAUCUGGAUGAACAUCCCGGUGGAGAUGAUGUUUUGAUCAGGGCUGCUGGUAAAGAUGCAACCGAAGAAUUUGAAGAUGCUGGCCACAGUAAAUCCGCAAGAGAACAAAUGGAGCAGUUUUUCAUUGGGGAGCUUGAUGAAAUGCCCCCACCCAUUCCCCAGAUGGAAAUUAUAUCAAAGAAGAAAGAAUCAGACAACCUUCCUCAGAAAGUCUUGAACCUGAGCAAGCAAUACUGGGCUGUCCCUACCGUUGCAGCUGUUGGCCUAUCCGUCGCAAUUGGUCUCAUUUACAUGAAGAAGAAGCACGCCUGAAAUAUCCCUCUCCGGAGUCGAAGACUUCAGACCAGUCUUGAUUUCUUAUUUUUUGGGGUCUUAAGGUCAUACUCAUAGAGUAGCAAUUGCAGCAGAGAAUUCUUCCAUACUGAUGAUAUGUUCGAGAAUUGGAAUGGAUUUAUUUGAGUUAUAACAAAGGGGAUAUUUAAGGUUUA